UGAAGAGGAGGGGAGAACACUACCCACUGACCUAUAGUGUAUCUGUAUAUGCCUCUCUAAAGGAAACAGUCAUUAAUUGAUUACUGAAAAACAGAACUGCCCACCCAGAGUUGAUGGGCCUUUGACACCCCCCCCCCAUUUUGAUGAAUCCCUGGUAUUUAAGUGCAACAAUAAACUAUUACACAGUUUGGACCAAAUACAACAUCUUUAAUGUUAGAAUCAUCCUGAAGACUGGUUUGGAGUCAGUCUGUAGAUACUUCUAUGUAGAGUUCCCUGUUUUGCAGUUGAGGCUCAAAUAUCAACUCACAAAGCUGUUAAGUGGUGGAAUGAGAUCCUGGAUCUUUUUGUUGCUUUAUCCCAACCAGUUACAUGUUGUGUGCCUGUCAAGGAUAAAAGGUUAUUGGUGAUGAUGAUGUGGUCUGUGGGCUGGUCCCUGUUUUUACAUCGAGAACUCUAACUGUGGUGGUAGGAAUCUCCUGUUGCUGUAGAAGUCAGUAUAGGUCUUCUGAGCAUUCGUGCCUAGAAGGAAUGUGCUGUGUCUACCAUUUCAUAAUGUGUGUCAGAGCAGUUAGUUGGUCCUGAGAGCCAGAGGUCUGGAGAAAGGCUCCUCCCAUUAUGGAAGUGACGACCCCCCCCCCCCCGUUUCUAUACAAGACUUUCAUUUCAACACAGACAAAAUUUCAAUAAUUUGUCCUCAUAUAAGGCAGAUUUUAAAUGAUAUAAAUGUUUUUUAAUUUUUAUCAUAUUUUUAGUAAUUGUGUGUUGGGAGUUGUGUGCAUGCCAGAGUGUGCGUGUGGGGUGGGGGUCAGAAAAUGGUUUGCAGGAGUCAGUUCUGUCCUUUCAGCAGAGGGUCCUAGGGCUCAGACUCAAGUGUUUUUACCUGUUGAGCCAUCUUGCCAGCCCUGAAUUCUUAUAUAAUUGUUUUAAGACUGAUAAAAGUAGAGUGAUGAUUAAUUUCACCUUUUCUGUCUUAACUAAAACCCCUUUAGUGAUGCCUCUUAGAUUUCCAAGAAUUAGUAAGACAAAAUUUUGUGCCUCUCUCCCUCCCUUAUUCUCCUCCCCUACCUCUUUCCCUCCCUCCCCUAUUUCUCCUCUCCCUUCUUACUCUCCCUCCUCUCUGUUCCCUCUCUGCAGGAUCUUCUUAUGUGACUUAGGCUGACUUUGAACUCCCAACCUACCUAUGGCAGCUGCCUCCUAAGUAAUAAAGCUGGGUUGGGUUUGGUUUUUUCUGUUGUUGGUGUGUUGGGUUUUGUUGUUGAUUGAUUGAUUUUAUUUGUGUGUGUGCAGCAAAUUGUAAAAUUGUAAAUGAUAAUCUCCUAGGGCUUAAAAGGACCCUGACCCAGGAAUGAGGGCCUGGGUCUUUAAUUCUGGGUAAGGCUUAGAAUCUUAAUAUCAGCAUCACAUUUAGUCAUGCUAGUAGAGGUUGGAAGGGUCUAGAAGGAAAAUUUAUUUUAGUAUCUCGCUCUUAAGGCUUUAAAGGAGGAGUGAGUAUAUUCAAAGCCUUUGGCAAUUGGCUUUUUACGUGAGGACACAAGCUCUUAAUACAAACGACAGUUUCUUUACCCAUAUUGGGAAGGUUUUAGUAAAGUUAGAAACUUCAAAAUACUGCCUGACUUUAGCCUCUCUAACAUCCUUUAUCAGCCAAGAAAUCAGCUCUGAGUUCAGAAUUGGCAGAUCAGGAAAGCAGAGAGCAGUGGGUGAGUCUGGGGCAUCUACACGGAAGUUCUUUCUUUGCUAGUGUUUAUUUUAGUGCUAAGUGUUGUGUGUGUAAGCUUCAUUCACUGGUAUAAGGUCCUUAUAUCUAUUUAAAGGGCAAAUUCCAUUAGUAAAUUUGUAAUUCUUGUUAAAGUUGGGUGGGAAUGCAUAACCAACGCCCCGUACUAAUGUUUAGACUCUAGUCUUCAGUAGCUAGUGGUGGAGGCAAUUAAAGACUCAGGAUCAAGUAACAAAUUAUUUUUCUACUUUGGAUAGCUGUGCUAAUCUGAUCUGUAAAUCUACUUUUCCUAGUCUAAACUGAACUGAUUCUGGGUAGAAUUUUCCUCAAAGCUCCUGGGACAAAUGAGAACUGGGAUUGGACAUAGAGCUUAGGGUGAGGCAGUUACAUAAAUAGUUUGGGCUUUUAUCUGUUUGAUUUAAAACGAGAAGUAUUGAUUACACCCUUUCAGUGUUCAUUAAGCCCUUGGAUGCUACUAACUUCACCUCCUUUGCUCCCCACAUUGCAGCACUGGAAAUGUCCAUUGUUUCCCCUGGCCGUUGUUUGCAAUCUGUUUCCGUUAAAAGCUGCUUCUGAAAGAGUCUUGUCUUCUGAAGUACACGUCCCAAGUGCUGAAAGUUUUUAUGUUGAAAAUAGGACCACCAAGUGUUAGACAUUUCUCAGUUGCAGUACACAGACUGAAAAGAUUGACAUAGAAGAAGAAACGGGAAGAAUAAAAGAUUGCUGGGACAACCAGGAUGUUCCUGCACUGUCUACGUGUAGCAAUGCCAGUAUCUUUCGAAGGAUAAAUGCCAUUUUGGAUGAUUCAUUGGACUUCAGUAAAGUCUGCACAACACCCAUAAAUCGAGGAAUUCAUGAUCAUUUGCCAGACUUCCAGGACUCUGAAGAAACAGUUACAAGCAGGAUGCUUUUCCCCACCUCUGCGCAAGAAUCUCCCCGUGGCCUCCCAGAUGCAAAUGGCUUGUGCCUUGGCCUGCAAUCACUCAGACUGACUGGCUGGGACCGACCCUGGAGCACUCAGGACUCAGACUCCUCAGCCCAGAGCAGCACACAGUCGGUAUUAAGCAUGCUCCAAAAUCCACUGGGAAAUGUCCUAGGAAAAACCCCCUUGAGCUUCCUGUCUCUGGAUCCCCUUGGGUCUGACUUGGACAAGUUCCCAGCACCCUCAGUUAGAGGAUCUCGCCUGGACACUCGGCCCAUCCUGGACUCCCGUUCUAGCAGCCCCUCUGACUCAGACACGAGUGGCUUCAGCUCUGGAUCAGAUCAUCUCUCAGAUUUGAUUUCAAGCCUUCGCAUUUCCCCUCCUCUGCCCUUCCUUUCUAUGACGGGAAAUGGGCCCAGAGACCCUCUAAAGAUGGGCGUUGGUUCCCGAAUGGACCAAGAACAAGCUGCUCUGGCUGCAGUUACUCCCUCUCCAACCAGUGCUUCAAAGAGAUGGCCAGGAGCUUCUGUGUGGCCAUCCUGGGACCUUCUUGAAGCUCCUAAAGACCCUUUCAGCAUAGAGAGAGAAGCUAGACUACACCGGCAGGCAGCAGCUGUAAAUGAAGCUACUUGUACCUGGAGUGGCCAGCUUCCUCCACGAAACUAUAAGAACCCCAUCUACUCAUGCAAGGUGUUCUUAGGAGGUGUUCCUUGGGAUAUUACGGAAGCUGGAUUGGUUAACACCUUCCGUGUUUUUGGCUCUCUGAGUGUGGAGUGGCCUGGUAAGGAUGGCAAGCACCCCCGGUGUCCUCCCAAAGGUAAUAUGCCUAAAGGGUAUGUGUAUUUGGUGUUUGAACUAGAGAAGUCUGUCCGGGCCUUGCUUCAGGCUUGUUCUCAUGACCCGAUGAGCCCAGAUGGCCUGAGUGAAUAUUAUUUCAAGAUGUCCAGCCGAAGGAUGCGCUGCAAAGAGGUGCAGGUAAUCCCUUGGGUCUUGGCUGACAGCAACUUUGUCUGGAGCCCAUCUCAGAGGCUGGAUCCAAGCAGGACGGUGUUUGUUGGUGCCUUGCACGGGAUGCUCAAUGCUGAGGCUCUGGCUGCCAUCUUGAAUGACCUAUUUGGUGGAGUGGUGUAUGCUGGGAUUGACACAGAUAAGCACAAGUACCCCAUUGGGUCUGGUCGUGUGACUUUCAAUAACCAACGUAGUUACCUGAAAGCAGUCAGCGCUGCUUUUGUGGAGAUCAAAACCACCAAGUUUACCAAGAAGGUUCAGAUUGACCCCUAUCUAGAAGAUUCUCUGUGUCUUAUCUGCAGUUCACAGCCUGGCCCUUUCUUCUGUCGAGAUCAGGUUUGCUUCAAGUAUUUUUGCCGAAGCUGCUGGCACUGGCGACACAGCAUGGAAGGCCUGCGCCACCACAGCCCCCUGAUGAGGAACCAGAAAAACUGAGAUGCCAGCUAGAGAAGCUGGCCUUGCCCAGUGGCCUGUAUUGCCCAAGGCUGGCAAAUCAGGCCUGUACCCUGCACUGGCGCCCAAGGAGCUAGCUUUCUGCAGACAAGGGAAACUUGUAGUCACCUUUGUACUUGCUAAAUCUGUCUUUGUUUCUGCACUAAUUAAUGCACAAUGAGUUUUGUGAGGUUUUGUGUUCAGGGGGUGUGCCAGAGCAAGGACCCUCAGGCUCACCCUCAAGCAAAUGUAGUUUUCCCAGAUUCUAGUUCCUCAUUUUGCAAAUGAAAAGAAAAACAACAACAAACUGUGUGUCCGGGAGGUAUUGACAGAUGCCUACACCUAAGUUUAUUUAUUAAAGCGCUUUCUACAUUCCUCGCAAUACUGGCGGUGGUGAUGCGCAGGUCUCAUCCGUUCAUUCUUGCAGUUGCCAUACAGUGCCUUUCCUUUGUUUAACCCCCACCUGAACGGCAUAAACUGAGUGUUCAGCUGGUGUUUUUUACUGUAAACAAACAAGGAGACUUUGCUCUUCAUUUAAACCAAAUCAUAUUUCAUAGUUUACGCUCGAGGGUUUUUACUGGUUCCUUUUUACACUCCUUAAAACAGUUUUUAAGUCAUUUGGAACAAUAGAUUUUUUUCUUUUCUGGCAGCUUUUAACAUUAUAGCAAAUUUGUGUCUGGGGGACUGCUGGUCACAGUUGCAAAUCAAAGCAUUUGUAACCAAGGGAAAAUUAUUUUAUUUAAAACUGGACCUGAGGGAGAAAAAUUACGUCUGAGCAGCUGCUGUAUAUAGUUUUAAAUAGUUUGUCGCACCUUCUUACAUUGCACUUACGUGGGGUGGGAAGGGUUGAUAGAAGUUUUUAAUCACAGUCACAGGACUUUUUCUUUUGUAACUGAGCUUAAAAAUUUAAAAAAAAAAAAAAGGGCUGCUUUUUGGUGGGGGCAGUUGAAGGCUCACAGGAGCCCUUUCUCUUAGAGGGGCAAGUACCCUUCCUUACAUAUUUUAUUUGAAGAAUGUAUGAAUCAACCGAGUUGACAAAAAAAAAUGCUACUGGAAUUUGCAAACUUGACUCUUUUCCUUUUUAAUUUACUUACUCCUUGCCCCUCUUAGGGAAGCUGUGUGCCAAAGAACCAGUGUCCUAACCCCUCCUCCCUCCUGCUGAGCUGAUGUUGCAUUGUUGCAUAUCCCAGCUACUCUGUGGGUUUGUGAAGCUGUGUGUGAAGUCUCUACCUCAUUGUUGUAUAUGCAGGCAAGACUGCACUCUACUACAGAUGUGUGGAGUAAGCUGUGGUGUACUUUUUUUUGGCACAUAAUAAACACGUUGCAGCAAA